GAAAGAUAAGCAGCCCUCCCACAGCCCGGGGAGGCGGAAUACUAGAAGAUUCAGGAACCUCCGGCUCUCGAGGAGGCAGCGAGCGAGGAGCAAGAGGGUUAAUGUUUCCUGUUUGCCUUCAGCCCCCCACCCCCGCCCCUCAGCCUCCCCCCGGCGCCCAGGCGGAAGUGAGCGCGCUACUUCGGAGAUUAAAAGGGUCCCGAACUCCGAUCACUUUCAAGAGCAGGCGGCCGGAGAGCGCGGAGAGGCAAGGCCGAGCCGGAGCCGGAGCCGGGGCAGGAGCGCAGCCCAGCCCAGCCCAGCUGGAGGAGCCCCCGGCCGGGAGGGGCCACCGGCAGCUCCCCCGCGCGAUGGCUCCGCUGCAGUCCCGCGCCGCGCAGCGCAGGCUCCCGCCGCCUCAGUGAGUCACUGCCGCUAAUUGCAACCCGGUGCCGGCCACUUGCUGGGGGGCGGGGGGGGAGCAGCGAGGUGAAGAAGCGGCUCUUAUUUUUGGACCGUGCUCGCCGCCGCGUUUUUUUUCUUUUUUCUUCUCGAUUAUUAUCGUUUCUCGCCCCCUCCGCAGCCGCGCGCCGGCACCCGGCGAGAUGACAAAGGAAAUGUGAUCCCGGGGGCUCGGGCCGGGCAGGAGCAGCAGGAGGAGGAGGAGGAGGGGGCGCGGGACCGGCGGCAGCGCUCAUCUGUGCGAGCGGACAUAAUACACCUCCAUGAAUAAUUCAGGCCGGCCGGCGGGGACCUGCCGCCGCUCCGCCGCCCGGCCCAGCCGCCCGACCGCCGCCUCCCGCCGGCGCGGCUAGGAGCCAAGUGGAGCAGCCGCGUGCGGAGGACCGCCCGGAGGCGCCCCUGGCCCGGCUCGGCCCCCACAGCCGGGUCCCUGCGUGCUUCAGGCGCCCACUGCCUCCACCAUGCGGUGGCGGAGCCGGCGUCGGAGGGGGGCGGCGGGAGCCGGCCCGGCCCCGCUGCGCUGAGCCCGCCCAUGCGAGGCGCCGGGGCCCGCAGGUAGCGGCAGUCCAGUCCCGUCCCGUCGCGUCCCGCCCCCCAUGGCUUCCUUCGGCGAGGCGGACUUCCCGGUGUGCCCGCUGUGCAAGGAGGCGUGCGGCUCGGCCUCGUCCAGCUCCUCCUCCUCCUCCUCCUCUUCCCACGGCGGCGGCGGCGGCGGCUCCUCCUCCUCCUCCUCCUCGUCGGGCGGGGGCGGGGGCGCCCCGUCGCGGCGGCUGCACGUGCUGCCCUGCCUGCACGCCUUCUGCCGCCAGUGCCUGGAGGCGCAGCGGGGCGCGGGCGGCGGGGAGGCGCUGAAGCUACGCUGCCCCGUCUGCGACCAGAAGGUGGUGAUCUCGGAGCCGUCGGGCAUGGACGCGCUGCCCUCCUCCAACUUCCUCCUCAGCAACCUGCUGGACGUGGUGGUGGUGGCGGCGGCCGCCGAGGAGCACAAGAACGGGCGGGCCGGCGCCGUGGGGCCGGGGCAGGGCCCGGGCGGCAACAACCGGCACCACCGCCCGCCGCACCGCGCCGCGCCCCCGCCCGCCGCCUCGGCGGCAGCCCCGCCACCCUCGUCCUCGUCUUCCUCGUCCUCGUCGUCCAGCGCGGGCGGCGGCGGGGGGGGCGCGCCGUCGGGGCCGCUGCUGCUGCGCCGGCCGCACAGCCGCCAGGGGGAGCCGCGCUGCAGCUCGUGCGACGAGGGUAACGCGGCCAGCGCCCGCUGCCUGGACUGCCAGGAGCACCUGUGCGACAACUGCGUGCGCGCCCACCAGCGCGUCCGCCUCACCAAGGACCACUUCAUCGAGCGCUUCGCGGCCCCCGCGCCUGGGCCUGGGCCCGCCGGCGCCGCCCAGCUCGGCCUCAGCCCGCCCUACCCCGCCGCGCCCUACAGCAUCCUCUCCGUCUUCCCCGAGCGCGCCAGCUACUGCCAGCACCACGACGACGAGGUGCUGCAUUUCUACUGUGACACUUGUUCUGUCCCAAUCUGCCGGGAAUGUACCAUGGGACGACAUGUAGGUCAUAGUUUUAUCUACCUCCAAGAUGCCCUUCAAGAUUCAAGAACCCUCACCAUCCAGCUGCUAGCAGAUGCUCAGCAAGGACGCCAGGCUAUUCAGCUGAGUAUUGAACAGGCCCAAGCAGUGGCAGAGCAAGUUGAAAUGAAAGCUAAAAUGGUGCAGUCUGAAGUCAAAGCUGUGACAACUAGACAUAAGAAGGCCCUGGAAGAAAGAGAGUGUGAACUGCUAUGGAAGGUGGAAAAGAUUCGUCAAGUCAAAGCCAAGUCGCUCUACUUGCAAGUUGAAAAGUUGCGUCAGAACCUGAAUAAACUGGACAACACAAUUAGUGCUGUUCAGCAGGUCCUAGAGGAGGGGCGCACCAUAGAUAUUCUUCUGGCCCGGGACCGCAUGCUGGCUCAGGUGCAGGAGUUGAAGAAUGUGAGAGGCCUUCUGCAGCCCCAGGAGGAUGACAGAAUCAUGUUCACACCACCUGACCAGGCUUUGUACAUGGCCAUAAAAUCAAUGGGGUUUGUUAGCAGUGGGGCUUUUGCUCCUCUGACCAAAGCCACUGGGGAAGGUCUCAAACGUGCACUACAGGGCAAAGUGGCCUCCUUCACAGUGAUGGGAUACGACCAUGAUGGUGAGCCACGCCUUUCAGGAGGCGAUAUGAUCUCUUCAGUGGUGAUGGGCCCUGAUGGAAACCUGUUUGGAGCCGAUGUUAGCGAUCAGCAAAAUGGGACCUACGUGGUCAGUUACAGGCCACAGCUGGAGGGAGAGCAUCUUGUUUCAGUCAUGAUGUGCAACCAGCACAUUGAGAACAGUCCAUUCAAGGUCAUGGUGAAAUCUGGGCGCAGUUACAUUGGCAUUGGGCUACCAGGGCUUUCGUUUGGCAGUGAGGGAGAUAGUGACGGCAAGCUGUGUCGUCCCUGGGGAGUCAGCAUAGACAAAGAGGGCUACAUCGUUGUUGCUGAUCGCAGCAAUAACCGCAUUCAGGUGUUUAAGCCUUGUGGCACCUUUCACCACAAAUUUGGCACGUUAGGCUCUCGGCCUGGCCAGUUUGAUCGACCUGCGGGUGUUGCCUGUGACAUCUCACGUAGGAUUGUUGUGGCUGACAAGGACAAUCAUCGCAUCCAGAUCUUCACAUUUGACGGGCAGUUCAUUCUGAAAUUUGGGGAGAAAGGAACCAAGAAUGGGCAAUUCAAUUACCCAUGGGAUGUGGCAGUCAACUCUGAAGGCAAAAUCCUGGUCUCUGAUACAAGGAACCACCGAGUUCAACUCUUCGGGCCUGAUGGCGUGUUUCUGAAUAAGUAUGGCUUUGAAGGGGCACUCUGGAAGCACUUUGAUUCCCCAAGGGGUGUGACUUUCAAUCAUGAGGGCCACUUAGUAGUCACAGAUUUCAACAACCAUCGCCUUUUGGUCAUCCAUCCAGAUUGCCAGUCAGCACGCUUCCUCGGGUCAGAAGGCACUGGUAAUGGCCAGUUCCUGCGCCCACAGGGUGUGGCAGUGGAUCAAGAGGGGCGCAUCAUUGUGGCUGAUUCUAGGAACCACCGAGUGCAGAUAUUUGAGUCCAAUGGUAGCUUUUUAUGCAAAUUUGGCACUCAGGGAAGUGGCUUUGGUCAGAUGGACCGUCCUUCGGGUAUAGCAGUCACCCCUGAUGGCAUGAUUGUUGUGGUCGACUUUGGAAACAAUCGGAUUCUCGUCUUCUAAUUUGUUGUCUGAAUUAGGAAGAAACUGUCUCAGGGAAAUUCUUUUUUUCUCUUUUUUUUUUUUUUUUUUUUUUUUAAGAUAACGAAAAAAUACAACGUUGAUUCAAACCUACCUCAUCUUUAUUUUUUAUUUUUUUUUAUUUAUUUUUUUUUUUUACAGAUGAAUGUACUUCUUUUUUCUGCAGGGAGUGAUCCUGUGAAGUUAUCUACCUCAUUAUCCUUUUUUUUUUUUUUCCCUCUCCCUUACCUUCCCCCUCCCCACUCCCUGCGCACACAGUUCAGUAAUUUUUUACCUCUUCCCCCCAGAUGGGGCAUCAUGCACAAAUGUGUUGCUGUGCACAUUAGGUGGUCUGUGUAGUGAGUUCUGUAGACUAAGCCAAAAAGGCUCUAUGUAUCUUUUUAAAUAUAGAAGGGGUCAGAGGGGGGGAAGCAGUAGCAUUAGCUAUUUGUAGAGAAUUUUGUGUUCUUGAUCAUACUGUGGCUUGGGCUGGGAGGGUGGUUUUUUUUAAUUGCUGCUGCAGCAGAGAACUCUUUCUUGUUCUCCUUUAUUAUUUUUAAUACCUCAAUGUGUUUGAUUUACUGUUCAACAUAGUGUCUUGUUCCCAGAAGACUUUGAUCUUUUUGUGGAAAUGGGUGGGGUUCAGUAGCCAGAAGAAGCAUGCUUGCAUUUUUGGCAUGUGUGUGUUUUAAGAGUAGUAAUCCCACAGCACAACAUGAAGCUAAGAAAAUGCACAGAUUUCUGUUUUUUGGGUUUUUUAACAAAAAAAAGUCACUUCUGGUGACUUAGCUUAGUUUAUAAGAUUUAAUGAAAAAGCAAGACUCUUUAAUGUAUUCUCUAUUCUUUAAUUUUCUUUUAGUCUUUUUUGUUGACUCUUAGCUAUAUUUUGAAAAACAAGUUUCCAUUCUUCCCUCCUCUUGUGUUUUAACCACUAUGAAUACCAUUGGUGGUUACAAGGAGAAUGGCAACAAGGAAGAGUGAACCCUUGAUUUUGAAUUUUUGUUUCUUGUGAAAUAGCUAGUCUUCCUUUUUCUUUCCAUUUAAGACUUUAGUUAGAAUAACUGAGUUAAUAGAUUUGUUCUGGGACAAAUUAGUAUGUCUCGUUUUCCAAAAACAAGCACAACUUUGGAAAUUCAGGGUGCAUUUCAGAGAUCCAACUAAUCAGUGACAAGAAUGGAACUUUUUUUGUUCUUUUCCCUUCACCCUUUCACAUCUUCCUCUUCCCCUCCCUUCCUCCCCUUCCAAACAGUUGGAUCAAAAGACUCGGAGGCAAGGACACCCUAAUGGCCCCAUGGAUUUGUGGUACUAGUCCUGAUUAUUAAGUAAUUAACACAAAGCACCAUGGAUCCACGUGCAUCUUUUCCAGGGCAGCACCAAAGACUUCUGCUUAAAAUGGGGACAGUGGCCAAAAUCAAAACUUUUGAAUUCUGAUUAAAUUCUGAAUCUGAUUUUUAAGCUGCAAAGCUUGGCUCUAACUAGGGAAGAAGGGAUUCUUGUUUUUUGGAGAAGCAGAGAUUUCUGUGGAGAGGGCUGCUUUACCAAGCCACAUGAAUUAUAGUUCUUGGGGAGUUACAGUCUGCACUUAAGUAUCUUCAUGCCAGUGUUAACAGCUAAGUUGGGAUGGGACUCCCAAGACAUAUAUUGCCUUGUCUUCUGGGUAGGGCCCAUGAUUGCAAACCAAAAGAGCUAAUGUAGUUAGCAUGAAGAGCUUUCCCAUCGUGGGGAUUGAAGACUUCAUGCAUCAGUGACUAAUCUCCUUGCUUUGCUGUACAAAUUGCAUUUUCUAUUCCAGCAAGAGCUGCGCUGAAAGAUUGAGCAAGGUCAUUAUCUAAAAAAGCUAAAGUGCCUUGCUACCCUUGAAGGAAAGUGUUCAUCUCUCCAAGAUCCCAGUCACAAAAGCAACCUAGAAUAUUGAAGGGUUCUGUCCAUGUUAAUGGUGUAUUUUCUUUCACUGCGUUUUCCUACUAUCAGACUUCCAAGAAAGUUAUUUCCUGUUUUUAGAAAUCCGUGUGACCUAUACAUUCACACUCCAUGAUAGUAGCUACUUUGGAAGUGAAGCCAAGAGACUUGGGAUAGCAAAAUUCCCCUUUUUAAAAUAGGGAGGAGUUAACCCUAAAUUACACAAUAUAGAACAACUACUCUAUCUUCAACCAAAGUUUCAUGAAGCAAAUUCUUCAAAGCAACAUACUGCAGCUGGCCUUUAAUUUUAAGGGAGAGUGUUGUUGAAAACCUUUUUUUUAAAUAUCAAGGAUAAUCUUUUAUGCAUAUAUUUAAAUUUGAAUAUGGCCAUUCAGAGCAUAUGCAUGAAAGCAAGCCGUUCCUUUUUAACACUCACAAUCUGGUUUUGUCUGACUCCUUGUGAAAGAUGUUUGUGUGUUCUUCACUAGGAGAAUUGUUUGUUUCUUGGGCUGUGGAAUUAAUUAGAUUAAAAGAUCUAUAUACCAAAGAACUGGUUAAAAGCUUUAAUUUUUAGUUUGCAGUAUCCUUGCAUUUAUCCCAUUUUGUGUCUUAAAAAUACUUGGCCUUUUUUUUUUUUUUUUACCUUGACCCAUAUAGCUGUCAGUGCUGGAUUAUACCAGAAGAGCUAUUGUGCUUAUUGUUUAUUGGCCUUGCCCUUUCAGAUUUCCUUUCUUCAAGGCGUUAUUUGAAACUGCUUUAGCUGCUUCUGGCAUUCUUUGUGUCGAAUUGUAGAAAAGUUGCUCUUGUCCUUCACCAUCCCUGUAGUGUGGAAGGGCUGCUGGUUGGUGGAAUUUCCAUUGACCUUUGCUAUUUUGCAUUGUCGUUGCACAAGCUUGAAGAAGGCCGCAAAUCUCUGAGGGAGGAAUGUUGUGCUUUUUGUUUAAGUUUCUGUUACUUAGUUCAGUGGAUCUGCGUACAGCACAAACAAAAACCAUUUGGCCUCUAAGUGUUUCAUUUCACAUGUUGGGAAGCUUUGGUUUUUAAAACACUACUGUAGGGCUACCCAAAUUAAUUCCUAAACUGUUACUGUAGUAGAUAGUGCUAAGCACACUUGAUCUCAUUUGAGAGUAUUAGCUUUUCAGAUGGAGUGUUUAUAAUGCAAUAAAAUAAAGUUAGCAUGAUGUUCUAGUGAAAGUAAAAUGCCAACAUUGAGUGCCCCAUAGGGGUUUUUAUUUGGUUAUAUAAUUCAUAGGAUUUCAAAUCUGGCUCAAAAUUUUAUUCUAUGCAUGUUCUCAGGCUAUUAUUAGAUAAUGCCCCAGUAUCCUAAUAUGUGUAGAGACUAAGUGUUGGACAUACAGACUGUGUGUGUGUGAAAGGGUGAACAAAAGUUUGAAGCUGAGUUGCAACUUUGUGCUUGUUCUUUACUGUUCAGUACAAUCUUCUGAACUGGUGAGUGGAUUUCAGCAGGGAAGGUGAGGCUGGUUUAUCUCUUUCUCCAAGCUCUAGCUUUAGUGAAGAAGGACAGCUCUGGAUCUACAGGCUUGUGCACUAGAAACUUGCAGAGGAAUUUUUAAUUGUGCUGGGUUAAACCAAUGUUGGCUGUCAGGAAACGUUCCGUUUCGUGGAAGAUGAUCAGCAAGUAAAACUCACUAUUCUCCCAAUUCAGCCAUAUGAAGCAGAUCUGACUAUAUUUCAGGGAAAGUUUCAACAUCGUAUUGGCUGAGGGCUUAGAAGCAGCCAUGAUACUGGGUGAUGCAGGAUCCUCAGGUAAUUCACUCUUUUUUUUUUAAAUUAGAACCCUUUAAAGUGUAACUUGCUGGGGAUGCCCACAAACAUAUACUGUAAGGAGCAGAAAACCUGAAAGUUAGUGUAUGUUAAGGGCAAAAAUAGUCAAGUGGGAAACUGAACGAGGCACUUCAAUGUGGUACUCCAAUGGAAUUGCUGGAGAGGGGUUCAGUCUCUUUAGAGUUAAACCAAAAUUUAGUUUUAGAGGAACAGUCUUUAGGCCUGAUCCAGCCAUAUCUUUGCUUUAAUUUCUUUUGAAGGUCAUGAGAUUUCUAUGUUCAGUUCAGGUUUAAAGAAAAAAAAUGUGCCAAAGGUUUUUUUGAGGGUUUUUGUUUGUUUGUUUGUUUGUUUGUUUGUUUGUUUGUUUUUUUAAAGGAGCCUAUCCAAAUGGUGCCAAAAGGUAACAUGGUAUUUAAAGCAAAAAAAUAAAAAAAAUAAAAAGAGGAAAAAAAGACGUUUAGACAAACAGUUUGGAGCUGUAUAAAAAAUAAACACUGGUACUUGCGGUAGACAAAUAUCAUACUCUGGUCCUUGAGACUGUUGGAGAGUGAAACCCACUUUGCUGUGGUACAGAAUGCACAAAUGCCACUCAUUUUAUUUUUUUUUUUCCUUAAAGUUCUACCUCACUUUGGAAAAAUAAUCUACCUCAAUUUAGCAUCAAACAGGUCUUGGAAGUAAAUGUAAAUCUGCAUGGGGGGGAGGGGGUAAAGGGUACAUCCAGCUGCUGAAUAAACAUUUUUAUUUAAAAGGAAUAUUAUUGACUGAGAACAAUGUGGCAACUUUUUUUCAUUUGUCUUUUGCUGCCUUCCCAUGGAAAUGCUAGGCUGCCCUUGCUAGAGAAACUGUAAAUAAAACCAAAUGUUCCCACACUCAGGCAAGUCUUAUGAGCAAAUAUGAAUAAUUUCUUAAAGUAUGAGUUUUCACUAGGAAUUAUGCAAACUUAAAUCAUGGUUUGUUUCAGUAUUAUAAUACUACUGGUUGACAUGACAUUUUUAUUUGCAGAAUUCUUAUGUCCUUAAGACCUUUAGGUCUUCUCUCUACAAGAGGAAAAAUAAUUGUACUUUUUGCAUGCUUCCAUUAUAUAUCCUGUUAGAAGAGACUAAGGGUAUAAUUUCUCUAAACACAAUGCUACACCAAAUGCUUGAAGGGAAUGAGACUUUUUUUGACUCGGUGAUUGUAUAUAUAGACUUCUUGACACAACAAGAUGUUUUCCACCAUGACCAUGCAACCAAGUUCUUGUUUUUACAGGGCUUUUCAGACUCAAUGUCCUUACAGCCAAUGGCAGCUCAAGUGUUGGGCUUUUAUUUGAUCUUGAGCAGUGGUGCUUUUAAGUGUGCUUAGUGUUUUUACAAAUGGAGUGAAGUUGAAAAAGCACAUAAUCAAAUAACUGCGUUGAAAAUUUUAAUUUUUUUCUGUCAUAUGGGUGAGUGACAACAGUUGGAAAAGUGAGUAUAGCAAACCACUAAUGAUCAAGUGUCAGGUUGGGUUUGGUAAAUGUUUUGGUGGAAAAUGUACCUAGUGUCUAUGAUCUUACGGGUUAACAGGCCAGGCUGGCAUUUUUCCAUCGUUGUUUAACCAGUAAUGGUUCUAAAAAAGCUUUGUGUACCUGCAUGGUCUUAGACCUCCUCUUAAUGAUUGUAUCAACUUACAAACUCAGGUAGAUAUUUUUUUAAGCUCUUUGCGCAGAGCCUUACUGACUGAAUGUUAAGUGUCUUUGUAGUGAAUGAAGUAGGUAGAUAUUUUUCUUUGAACUACCAGACCAGUGAACUCCUUUAUAGGUUUGUAGAAUACUUCAGUCUAUGUAGCAGUUUCCUUCAGAGGAAGAAAUUUUGUCAUGUUUCUGGAUUUGUUUUUUAGGUUCCCUCCUCCGAAGCAACUAAAAUUGGUAUUUUUUUUGUUUGUUUUUAACUAGUUUGUUAAACCAGAUUGGUGGGGGAGGGUUUCUUUCUUUGUUCACAUUGUGUAUUACCUGUCAUGCACUGCUUGAUUACAGAUGGAUGCAUUUUAAGUGUUAAGCGUAUGUAUACAACCUUAAUGUGGCCCUCUAAAGGCACAUAUAAGCAAAAAUUGGCAACAGUGCAAAAAAGACAACUCUUGCCAAAUAAAACCAAUGUAACAAACUUGAACAGUUUUUUUUUAAAUGCCCCCUUUUAAUUUACCAAAGAUAAAGCCCCAUCUUCUAAUUACUAGCACGGAAGCAUGGUCAUCUUGAUGGCAGACUGCUCUGAUUUUUAACUAGGUGCUCAGAGCCUUAUGAUUGAUUAAUAAAAUAGGCCAUGGCAGUAAUUUGCACCCUCCAAAAAAAGUUUCACUUCACUAUUAGGACAAAAAAUUGGUUAGGUUUUUAACUUACAAAUGUUACAUACUGCAGAGGAGAAAGCAUGACAGGUCAUGUGCAAACUGUUAUGUAGAACAAGCUAACAAUGUUAGAAAACUCUUGUGUUUAACGGAGGCUUCUGAAUGUAUCUUUGUGGUCCAUGGAGAAGGCUGAAGGAUGUAGCAAGGAGAUGAUGUAUCAGCUACUAGCAGCCUUAAAACAAAGUCAGUGUCUCUUUGGACUUUAAAAUGUUCCUAUGCAGUUUAUUUUAUUUUUUGUUUAAUCAAAUAAAUGUGAGGAGUUUUUUCAUGGCAA